AUGCUGAUCUACGAGCUUAUCUACACCGGCAUUGGCCAGUUCAUCGCCGCUUACUCGCCCAAUGCGACAUUCGCUGCGCUCGUCAAUCCCUUAAUUAUCAGCAUCCCUGUCAUCUUCUGCGGUAUCUUCGUCCCCUACGUCACUUGCAACGAGGAGGAAUUUGCUUUCUUCGAGCCUGCUAACGGCACAUGUGCUGAGUAUCUGCCGGAUUACAUGGCUGGUGCUGAUGCUAGCUCGUCGUGCAAGGUGUGUCAGUAUCAGAGUGGAACUGAUUUCUUGGAUACUCUCAAUAUUCCGAACUACGCCGUUGGAUAG